AUGAGGUGGCCUCGCAUGGCACAGGAGAUGCUAAUCCGGGAAAAUCAGUGGCUGGCCGUACCUGAGAGCGAUGCGACGUACGCCCCUUCGGAGCAUUUUGAGGUGAGGAAGUGCCUCCAAGCGUGCGGAAUUGACACUUCUAAGGAGGUAGUCAAGUACAACGAUAUUGAACAGUUAGUAGAGCUGGUCACUUCCAGGAAGGUGAAGCAUAGGGGGCGCAGCUUCUUGGCGGAGGUCAACAACGAACUACUGGGAAUUGAGGUCAGCGACCAGUGCCGAAUUGAGGUCACACUGUCUAUGGUGACUGACCCUGACUCGAAGCUUUUUCCCUAUGGCCCCAACGUCUUCGAGGACGAAAUAGAAGGAGAGACCUUGAAACUUGUUCUACUCCGAGAUGAUGUUGUCAGGAAGAUAAUCGGUAAGGGAAACUGGCUCAAAAAGCUCAGCUCGCUACUACUACCCAGCUCCGAAGGUGUCAACAGUAACCUCAUGGCGGAAGUAGUCGCAAUACUGGCUAGAGAAGCGGAUUUCGUAGCUAGGCACCGAGGCUACGAGGGAUGCCUCAUCACUGCCAUAUACGGAGGGGAGGCUAUUGAGAAGAGGCCCCUAAUGAGUGACCGGCGGAUGAAGAAAAGGUAUAAGGGAACCUUGAUUGUAGACGCGGCCGUCCCGUUGCGGAUCAAACUGGUAGUAGGACCGGACCGUAAGGCGUACGGAACGAUAGCUGGUAGAUAUGUACUCAUAGAGAAUCUACCACUGCGGUACUCGAAGUCAAGGAUUUCGCACGUUGAGGUUCUGCGCGGUCCGGGAGUCAACGAGCGAGUGGAGGCUGCGUCGAAGGCAGCGGGGAUAACGACAGGGAUGUACCAACUGCAGCUGGACGGAAGGCAGAAGGACGUCCCCGCAAGAGACACAGUAUGCUGUACUCGAGAGGAAGAGGCACGAGAAUGGAACCAAGAGGCCAGUGCUGCCGACGCAGGGUCAAAAGCAAGAAAGCAGCGGUAG